AUGGCUAUCAUAAACACCAAAGAAUUCAUGAUGAAAGAUCCUCUUUCCCCUCAUUCCUCACAUUUCGACUUUGGUACUCCUCCUCCUUCACCACCACCUUCAACAACUACCUCGAAGUCUCCAUGUCUUCCUCUAUUCACAUCAAAAUCAAAGACAAGUUCAAUAGUAACGCCUAUAUCCGAUAAAUAUUCGACUUCGAAACCAUGGUAUCAUACCACCAUUGGAAAACGUCUAGGUCCGGAAGCACGUGAGUUGUUGGAGAAUUAUAGUCAUAUACCUCCCGAGGAAGUAGAUGCGCAUGUGUAUAAAAUGCGCGAUCUCCUCUGGAAUCAAACCCCCUACCCUUCCAUCGGCAAUUUUUCCUUCCUCACCCUGCGUCUACUGACCCACCCACUCUAUCCCCGCAUCGUUGAGAUUCUCUCCACACCAUCUACGCCUUCUAAUCCACCGGCUCUUUUUCUUGAUCUCGGUUGUUGUGUUGCUCAGGAACUGCGUUCUCUUGCCCACCAUGCUCGUAUCCCUCCCUCCCAACUCUACGGCACAGACUACAACGCCUCCUUCCUAAAAUCCUCCUACAAAAUCUUUCUUGAUGCCUCUCCGCCCCAAUCCCAAUCCCCGUCUCAAUCCUUCACCCUCCUUCCAGCUAACAUCCUCGAUCCCAAUUUCUUCACUCUCACUUUCAGAAACCACAUCCAUUCCUUCUCCAUCAUCCACGCUUCUCUCUUCAUGCAUCUCUUCACCUGGGAUCAACAACUCCUCGUUUGCGCAAAUAUCGUCAAACUCCUCAAAAACACCGAGGGCGCCCUGUUCGUCGGGUGCAUGGUGGGGAAACAAGGAGGUGGAACGGGGGAACAGGGGAGAUGGCUCCACGAUGCGGAUUCAUGGGUGAGAUUGUGGGGAGAAGUUUGGGAGCAAGUAGGCAUGACGGGGAGUUGGAAGGUCCAAGGCGAAUUGAGAGAGUUGCCUGGGGAUCUGGGGAAGGAGGGAGAGGAUGAGGAGGAGUGGGAGGAACGGAUGGUGGGGAAGGAGGGGGCUGGGGUGGGCCUUUUUGAAUUCUCGGUCGAGAGGACGGGGAUGGGGAGUGGUGAGUCGAGGUUGAGGAGUUCGUGA